GAGGAGGAAGUGUUUUGCUACGGGGUCCUGGGCUGGGGCAGACAGCGUGCGGGAUGGAGGCGACUUUGGAGCAGCAUUUGGAGGACACAAUGAAGAAUCCAUCCAUUGUUGGAGUCCUAUGCACAGAUUCACAAGGACUUAAUCUGGGCUGCCGUGGUACCCUGUCCGAUGAGCAUGCUGGAGUGAUAUCUGUUCUAGCCCAGCAGGCAGCAAAGCUAACCUCUGACCCCACCGACAUCCCUGUGGUAUGUUUAGAAUCAGAUAAUGGGAACAUUAUGAUCCAGAAACACGAUGGCAUCACAGUGGCUAUGCACAAAAUGGCCUCUUGACGUCUGAUGCCACGUCUGCCAUGGCCUUUCACCAGGAUUCAGUCAUGCCUGUCCAGUUCACUUAUAAAACUAUUAAAGACCCAGAAAUCAGGCCAUUCA